UGCAUUUAUCCUAAACUAUUGUUAAAAAAAAGCCUUGAGUGUUGUUUUUACGGAAGUGGAAAGGUUUGUGAAUAUCCUUAAAGUGGCCAGUGGUACACGUUAAAUUUGGUGUAUUUUUUUUACAUGUUUUAUACAAAUGUAUACUUAAUUGAAAACCAUUUAGCGAAAGCUAAGCUAAAAUGAUAAACGAUGAACAAAAACUGUUGGAGCGUGCUGCAGAGGAAAGAGAAAGACUUUUUCAACGCUAUUCGCUAGGUACUGAUCCCAGCAACGAAGUUGACGAAUGGGAAAAUCCAAGUUUAGACAUCUAUCAUAAGACGGACAAAUUUGGUUUCAUGCAUGAUUCUCCCUUACCUGACAUACAUGAUUCUCAAGAAGUCAAACGAACUAAAAUCGAACUUGAACGGGAUAAAAAGUGGAUGCGGAUGCUAACACAAUGGGACCCUAAUAAUGAAAAACUUCGAAAACGUGUAUUUAAAGGAAUUCCAAAUAGAGUUAGAUGGCUGGCUUGGAAAAAACUUUUAAAUGUUGAAGAUUCAAUAGAUAAAAACCCUGGUACAUACUCUCAAAUGCUGGCAUGGGCUAGAAAAUAUUCUACCGAAGCUAGACAAAUAGAUUCCGAUGUAAACCGGCAAUUUAGAGAUAACGAAGUUUAUAGAAAACGCUACAGUGUAAAACAGCGUAGUUUAUUUAAUUUACUUAACGCUUACAGUAUAUAUAAUCCCGAGCUGGGUUACUGUCAAGGCAUGUCAGGUGUUGCUGGCGUUCUACUUCUCUUCAUGGACGAAGAAGAAGCUUUUUGGGCAUUAAACACACUUAUUAUCGAUAAAAAGUAUGCCAUGCAUGGACUAUUUAUUGAAGGUUUUCCAAAGCUUACACGGUUCCUUGAACAUCACGAUAGGAUCAUGGCCAAGUUAAUGCGAAAGCUUCAUAAGCAUUUUGUGAAACAUAAUGUCGAUGCAAUUUUAUAUUCAAUAAAAUGGUUCUUCGUUAUUUUUGUGGAGAGAAUUCCAUUUAGUUUAAGUAUAAGAGUUUGGGACGUAUAUCUUCUUGAAGGAGAACGUGUAGUUACUGCCAUGGCUUAUACUAUUUUAUAUCUUCAUCAGUCCGAGUUAUUGAAAUUAAAGGAUAUGGAUGCUAUAAUAGAGUAUUUGCAAGUAAAAUUGCACAAAAAUUUUGGAUACAACGAUGACUAUGUACUGGAAGUGCUCGAACAUGCUAUGAAGAAGCUAAAGAGCUAUAGACUAGAUACACCGCCAGCGCCUAAACCUAUAGAAUUUCCCCAAAAUCCGUUAGGCCAAUUGAUUGAACCCGAAUUAGAAAAAAAAAUCGGACAUAGAAGAUCAGAGUAUACAGAGAACGAAAGACAAGUCAUUAGCGAAGUGAUAUCUAGGCAAGAAGCAAAUGCAGUUGAAGUACAAUCGACGGUUUCUUAUGAAACUUCUGAAUGCGCUACAGUUACUCUAAACGUGCCAGAGGACUCCCAUUCAAUUCGAAGUUCGCUUGCAGGUACAUCAGUUGCUUCACAUGGCUCAUCGGAGACAUUUUCAAUCGAAGACACUAACAUUCAUUUGAAAACAGCAAACGUUCUUCGAAGUACACCACAGAGGGAACUCCUCUUAGCCUGACAACAUUCUUUAGCGAUCGGAUGAAUAAAAUCGCAUUCGGAUACGACUGUUAUUCCUCAUACUGUCAUAAAUGUAAUCGAAGACACAUAAAGAAUUAAAGGAUAUGUACAAAGCAUAUAAUAUACAUAUACACGUAUAUAUUUAAUAAACCAGUAAAACAGAAAAAAACAUGACAGAAGAAUAAUUUUAGGGUACGGGACCCAAUAAUAUUGAAUUCUUUAAAUGUUCAUUAUCUUCGCAUUCAGGAUAAAGUUCUUAAAACAAAUUGAUUAUUUCUGAGGUAAAGAAUUAUCAUUUUAUCAAGUAAAUACAAAAAAACUAUAUAAAUGUAUAUAAAAGUCCUGUACGUUAUUUUUAAUUAACAGCCAUUUUAAUGCAAGUAGUUUUAACACACCUAUGAGCAUAGUUUUAAAAUGUAAAAGAAAAUUUUAACUCAAAGUUAAACUCGUACAUCUUGCAACCAUUGUUAAAAAUAUACGAAAAAAACAAUAACCAAAAUAAUUUUUGUCAACGUGUUAGGAAGUUUUUUUUUUAAAGUAUAUAGGAAUGGGAUGAUACAAAUUUAGAGCUUAAAUAAAAUUUUCACAGCUCCAGUUAAAGCUGUAAUUGUAAUAAAAAUGUUUACUUUUAGUUUUCAGAUAUACUUAGAAAAUAAAAUCGGUGGUUAUUAAAUAUAACUGCGAUCAAAAUUAAAACCUUUACAUAGGAAUUGAAUUAUUAUUAAACUAAAAAAUACGUUUUGCAUACUUUUUAAGAAAUUAAAUUUGUGGGAAAAAUAUGAUAACUAGAUCACGAAUGUCGAAAUAAAAGAUGAGCAUUACAAAUUUUCAAUGACAAAUUUCUUUUUGUUUUCAAAACCUGGUGAAAGCUAUCUUAACAUCUCCAAGCUAAAUUUGUGAAAUCAAUUUGUUUGUAUAUGUCAAAGUGAUCUGAAACGAUCUUCAAUUUUCCUAAGUAUAUAUGUGUUCAAAUUCAAGUUCCAGCAUUUGCUUCAUUGAAAUUUAAGAACAACAAAGAAAAUAUAUAACAAACAGUGUUAUACUCGUAAAGAUUUUCAAUUUAAUGAAACAGUCUACUUUUGUCGCUACCGAUUUUAUUCUCUAAGAUUAAAUAAAUUGAUUAUAAUUAUUUCAGGGGACCAUAACUUCUCUCUAUGCCAGUGGUCUCUUUAAAUUUGCUUAAUAAACUCCAUACGCCCUAUUGUACAUAGAAAAAUACAAUUUUAAUUUCAGUUGUAUUUAAAAUCUACAUCACUGAUUUUGUGAAUGAAAUAUAACUUACGAGUACAUGACCGAUAACAAAUUAAAUAAUGUUGCCAGUAAUCUUAAAAAAAAUUGUUUUCGAAUAAAAAAAUUAUAUAAUAAGUCAAUAAAAAUAAAAUAAGAAUAAUGAUAAUGAUACAAAUUUGUCAAAUACUGUACAUUUAGAAUUUGAUGCUUAUAAAUAAGAAACAAAGUAUAUAGAAAUAAACUAACGAAAAUAAAACAAACAAAAUUAUUUAAAUUA